UCAUGACAAACGCACAUCGACAACGUUCCUUCGUAAUAAUCAGACCGCGUUAGCGUCGCGCAAAGCACGUAUGUACACUCCGAAGACCAUGUCAGGCAACAUCGUUGCUGAAUGGUUGAGAUCUCUUCACCUCGGUCAAUACGCCGAAAGUUUCAUAGACAACGGUUACGACGAUUUAGAAAUAUGCAAACAGGUCGGUGAUCCCGAUCUAGACGCUAUCGGAGUGUUCAAUCAAGUGCAUCGCAACAGAUUAUUACAAUCCGUACGAACCCUCCGCGAAGAAGGUGCCGCGUCAGUUUAUUUCACUCUAGAAGAAAGUGCAGGUGUUCACGACGAGUGUUUUUGUGACAAUGUGAGUGCCAGAUCAUCUAGAACGUCUUCCGGUAGAUCCGAAAAAGAUACCCAAAGAGUUAACGCGAGUCCGGGAGCUAGUUCGUCAACGGAAAGCAAUCAAGAAGUAGCUAAAUAUUUAGACGAAUACGAAGAAGGUAAAGCCGAGUUAGUGAAAAUACCUAGAUUGCAAUUGAAAGUGUUAUUAAGGGAGAAAUUAAGUCAGGACGGUAUUCGAUUAAGUUCGCAACCGUAUUCAACACAGGAAGGCGAGCGAGGUUAUUUAGAAGGUCUCGCCUCUAGGUACGCCGAUUUAUUUAGUACUCAUUACGUUGACGUUUUGGGACAUCUCGAAGAUUUGAGAAGAAUAGAAUGGGCGGAAAUGUCACCGAAAGAUAGAAAAGUCACGACACCGAGUACACCACCUACUAAUUACAGUCCAACGACAGGUAGAGGUACCCCGGUAUCCGCACCUCUAACUACUUCGCUUUCUCAACCAAUAUAUGUACCUGGAAAGUAUUCGCCGUCUAGUUGUUUGAGCGACAAAGAAGAAGACGAAAUAUACGGAUUUGGUUACGGGGUAUUCGCAGCUCACAUAGCUAGACAACAACAACAACGAAUUCUAGGUCAACAACAUAAUCAACACGUAGCCAGUCAUCAGCAACAACACAACUACCAAACAUGUCUGAGUCCCAGAUCAGCUUAUUUUUAUGAAUUUCCACCAAACGAUCAAAAUUAUACCAACACCAACAAAAAACGAACGACUUUUUCUAGGUUUCUUCGCGGUCUCAAAACGUCACAUAGAAAAGAAAAACACGGAGGCAGCUCUCCGAGGCAUGGGCGUGCCGCAGCUACAGCCAGAGGCGUCCCGCAACGGGUUGAUACGCCGGAUAGCGUCCUCCAAAGCGGUUUGGGUCUAACGGAUCUAGGUCAGCACGCGGUUCUGCGUUCCAUGGUAGAUCCCAGAGAUUACGACAGACUCAGAAAUUUACAAUUGAACGGCGGUACACCGAAUACUUUCGAAGAAACAAUAUACAAGCUUAAACUCCAAGAAGCGAUGAAGAAACGCGAAAAGUUUACAAAAGAACACGAAGAGAUAUUAAGGGAUAUCAAACAGGGUUUGCUACAGCUAGGUAAAGAAGGUAUCAGAGGACCGUUAUCGGGAGACGAUACUUAUAUGUACGACGAAGACGUCCGCAUGUUAGCUCCAAUGUCCCAUUACGCCGAUCCCCUUAAUCGUCCAGCCCAUUGGUACGACGAACCCCCUUACGAAUCGGAUCCCGAGGAUUUUUUAAUGGGUUGCAACGAAGGAUCUUCGGCCACCAUCCAAAACGGUAGGGUGUGUUUCACGUUAAAUACCAGACAAGAUACCCGAGGAGAAGGUGUUAUAUCUUUGAGGAGCGCCGGUGAUAUAUCACUUCCUAGAGAUUCUCAAGCCGUUGGAGGAAUCGCGCCUAGAAGAGGAUUAAUUCUACCGUCUCAAGCCGGUUACCCACCAGCUAUUAUACCUUUAAGAUCGUGCAGGGAUGUGGAAAGUGGUGAUUACGCCGGUUCUGAUGUACAAAGUGUUGGUUCGAGAUUAUCAACUCUAUCUGUCGAUACCAGUAAAUCCGAUCAUCACGAUUUGGGGCAAAUCGUUUCGCCGCAAUUUUAUACGCAAUUGGAAGGUAAAAUUAGGCAUUUUAGGAAAAUUAGCGGGUAUUGUAGGAGCGAAGAUGGAAUGUCGCCAAAUCAGAGUUCGGAUUACGAAGACCAAGAAGAUUUUAGUAAUUGUAGCCAGCAGAUUGCGACCGUGCAUGUGUCAAGCGAUGGUAGAUCUGCUGGAGUUUCCGGCUUGGUGGGUAAAGUUAGAGGACUUCGGGAGGACGUCCAAAGAAAAAUUUCGAAAUUAAAAAACGAUGCAUCCGAACAACAACGUGUUCCCGAACAACAAUUUCAAUGUUCCGCCAGUUCCGUAGAAAGUUUACCCAGUGGAUCAGGUUCCAGUACGCAAGCGUUGGUAAGAGCGGGUAGCAAUCACAGCUCUAUAUCUACGGAAGAACCGGAACCGAGUCCGACAGAUCAAAUAGUAGGAAGGGCGAGGGCAUUGGUAGAUCAAACUCCGAGUCCGUACGAUACGGAAGUAUUAAAAUUUAAGGCUGGUGAUAUAAUAGAUAUAGUUUCGAUGAAUCCGAGCGGACAAUGGAGGGGUAUAUGUAAAGGGAAAAAGGGCACUUUCAAAUUUAUUAACGUGGAACUUUUAUCGGAACGCGCCGUCAAGUCGAAGCGGGAUAUCAAAUGGCACCGGAACAUCAAAGGAAAACCGAUUUCUGUUGAGGAUCUUUUGAAGAAAAUCGGUUUGCACGAUUAUAUAUCUGUGUUUAUAUUGAACGGUUACGAAGAUUUGGAAUUGUUCAAAGAAUUAGAACCGAGUGAUCUGGAUUAUUUGGGGAUCGUCAAUACAGAUCACAGGGCGAAACUUUUGACCGCCGUACAGCUUUUGCACGAACUCGAUUCAGGUAGCGAAGGCGACGUUGCCGGCUCGAGUAGCGAAUGCGACGAACAUAGAGCUCUAACUAGAGACAUCGGUAACAAUUCCCCUUUCGGUAGACGACAAUUUCUCCGCGAUUCGGGUUGUUACGACGCCCCCGUUAAAAGUAAACGUCAAAUUCCGCAACAUAUCUCCCCGCAGGGCGAAUCAGAUACCAGCGAUAGUACAGGUUUCAGCGACAACAAAAACAACUUGGAUUCGGUGGUCGAGCAAUGCAACAACGAAAUCCUGGCGCGCGUCAAACAGGCUCAGAAAAAUUUGAUCAAUCUCAAAGAGGAACUGUCGUAUCAACCGAACAUACCGAAUUCGACGAGCAUCGAAUUGCAGCUGCUGCAACAGAAAAAACCGAAAGAUUCUUACGUAAGUGUCCAUGGACAAACUUCUUUAAUAGAUCCUUGCGGGAAAACGGCCGCUGGCGGCCGGCAAACCGGCGUCGGUGCUGCUAGAAAAAAUUUCGAAGAUUCCGAAGAUGCGACCAAGUUGCCGUCGGAUAAAUACGUCCAAAGCGGAACGGGCAACAGCGACGUAGGCCUGGAAUCUAACAUCUCAAAUAUAUUGGGAAGGAGUUGUUUGAGCGAAAAAUCUAGCGAUUCCGGCGUCAGUAGCAGCUCCUUAUCGUCUUCUAACACCAAAGAAACGCCUCGUGCCGUCCUAACCAUAAACGACAACGCCACCGCCCACUUUAAAAAAACAUAACCUCAACGCAUAUUAUUAUUUCGAAAUUUGUUCCAGAAAUGAGAGAAAAAAACAGAGAAGAAGAAAAAAGUCAAUUCCAUAUAUUUAUAUAUCAAUAUUUGUUAUAUUUAUGGUGAAAUAUUUUAACAAAACAAAGAUUUAUUUCACUAAAUAGGACGUCCUGUUAAUAUCGAGAAAUCAAAAUAUAUCGACUGUAGUUCGUUAAUUUCUAUUUAUAGGUUUCACUUGAAAACAAUUUGAUAUUUUCGUAAUUUUUAUAUGCACAUCGUAUUUUGUUCAUUUAUUCUAUUUAUUUUUACAGUUUUUAGCACACCCUGUAUACAGGAUUCAAUUUAUUCUACUAAUAUGGUGAAAAUCUGUUAAAUUGUUGUAUAAAGUUUUUGGCUCACCUUGUAUAUGAUACCUCGUUAUUUAUUUAAGACCAAACUAACAUCAUAUGUUUCAAUCACCUUGUAUAUCGAUUUGGUUAUAAAAAAUGUUUUUUUUUUGAUAAAUAUUUUAUUGUUUUGGAGUGAAAUCAUUUUUUUUUUAAAUUUUCACUUUCACUUAAUACGAAGUAAAAAAUACCAAAAUCGACUAGCAAUAAUAUCUUAUAUCAAUAAAAUAAAUGUUACUUUUUGAAAAAACAAACUAUAGAAUUUAAAAUAAAUAUUAUCACACAGAAUGUCCCUCGUUGAAACUAAGAAUCUUGCUGUGAAAACAUCCAUAACCUAAACGAUAAAAACGAUUUUUAACGAGUUUUCACGUCUAGAUCACGACUGAAUAUUCAAGAUGUAAAACUUUAAAUUCGGUGAGACAUUCUGUAUUUAGAUUAAAUUUAGUGGUUAAGUAGAGUAAAUGGUAUUUUGUAAACACAAAUUUUUAUGGUGUUUAGCCAACUAACUAUUUUUUUUUUCGUUUUAUCAGAAUGUGAACUUAUCGAUCGAGUAAAUCAUGUAUUACUGGUUGCCUGGAAUAAGCAUAGAAACUCAAUUCAUGUAAUACUGGUUGCCUAAAUUGAGGUUCACUAAAUUUGUGUAAGUCUAGUUGCCUAAAUGGAACUAUGUGUAAUGGUGGUUGCAUGAAUUGAGGUUUAGUAUUUGAUGAGGGUAUUUAGGUGAAAAAAUUUGGACGGUGUUUUUUGAAUCAGCAGUUGUUACAAUUAUUUAACGAUAUAAAUUUAAUUGUUUAUUUGAAAAAAUAAGAAAAUUUCUGUGCCAAUCACUUAUACAGAUCAACUACAUACACUGCCAUUCUUCUUUUUGAUUAAACUUAGGUUUAGGUUAGUUUGAAUUUCGAAAAAAAAACAGAAUACGAAACGUAUUUUACACAAUAUUGCACAAUAUAACUAAAAAAAUUUUUAUACAAUGUGUCCCAUUAUAAUUUCAUUUUUUUUAUCGUCAAGGUUAUUAUACUAACAUUGAUAAUGUUAAUUUUGAGUAGAAAGUCAGUUAAAAAACAAAAAAAAGUUUUCCUACUAUACCGGUUGUCUCAUUAUAUUUUCCUUUAUGUAUUAGCAUUGUUAAUCUAUAGAAAUUUGAAAAACAAAUUUCGUCUCCCAGCAUUUCACACCAUAAAAAACAAACAAUUUUUUUCUAAUAUACAGCAUGUCCCAUAAUAUAUUUCAUUUUCUAAUUCUUUUGUGUUAAUACUUGGAAUAAUGAUAAACGAAUCGAUCAAACUUUCGUUUUCAAUAAUUUCACACCAUAAAACACGAAAAUUUUCCAUACUAUACCGGUUGUCCAAAAAUUUCGCCGCUCAGGAACGACGAAAAUUUCUAUACUAUACUGAUUGUCCUAUAAUAUUUUAUUUUUAGUUCAUAAUUACAAACAAUACGGGAAUUUUUGUUACUAUACCGAUUGUCCUAUUUCUUUAUACCGCGAAAGAAACUUUUUCUUUGUCUGAUUCCGCUGAAAAGUGAUCGGGAAAAUGAAAAUUGGUAACGAAAUAUAUUUUUCGAAAGUGAAAUCAAAGGAAUGUCGAUAAACGUGAUAGCAAAAAGUUGUUUUCCCUUCCUAUAUAUUUAGAUAAUUAAUAAAUAUGUACAUAGAGAGUAAAAUAUUGUUGUAAAUGAUGUAAAUAACACGAAGAAAAAUCUGCAACUAGUCCGCGAUUUUUUUUUUCGAUUACGAUUUUUUUUGUAAAAAUAAAGAGACGCUUUAAAUUUAGUAGCUGCAUUAUUUAAUUCGAUUGUUUUUCAUCGACUUAUUGACUGCAAUAGACUUUUAAGAAAAAAAUGGCGUAGCUCUCGAAUCCGUUGUACAUUUCAAUUACUUGUAAUUAUUAGAAAGUGUUAUACAUAAAUAUUAUUAUAUGUCAAUAAAAUAGGCGAUUUUAUUAAAAAAAAA